CCGCCAUGUUUAAUUCUCAACUUUGUGUUUGUUGAUGUGCAAGAGAGCUCACGCUACGUAAACUUUUACAGAAACGUUUUGCAAAUUAUCCCAAUUAACAUUGAAUUCAUACAAUUUUUCAUUUUCUUUUUACACAAACGAACUGAAUAUGCCUAAGUACUACUGCGACUACUGUGAUACAUACUUAACGCACGAUUCACCGUCAGUUCGGAAGACACAUUGUCAAGGACGCAAGCACAAGGAGAACGUCAAAUUUUAUUACCAAAAAUGGAUGGAAGAACAAGCACAACACCUCAUCGAUGCCACGACAGCCGCGUUCAGGGCAGGGAAGAUUCCGUCCAACCCGUUUGCAGCUGGUAAAGGUGCUGCUAUUCCGCCUCCAAACACACAGAUUCCUCCUCCGAUGGGACAGCGCCCGCCAAUGCCGCCUCCAGGCAUGAUGCCCCCUGGUGCCCAAAGACCACCGAUGGCACCCGGCCCCAUGGGCCCAGGAAUGCCACCUGGAAUGGUGAUGGCGCCAGGCAUGCCUCCUAUGAUGCCAGGAAUGAGACCACCGAUGGGCCCUAUGGGUCCCAUGAUGCACAUGCCUCCUAUGGCAGCCAUGGGACAAAUGGGAGCUGUUCGGCCGCCUCCGCUAAUGGGCAGUGCUCUCCCUCAGCCCAUGAAGAAACCAUAAUUUUUUAAUUAAGACAGUGAACGUGCAAAUUGUGAGUUGCGAAUGAAUUUUUCAGUGGAUGUUUGUGUAUAUUAAAUACUUUUAGAUCAUAUGUAAUACAAAUUUUUGUGUUUUUUUUUCUCAAU